AACUACCAAAACAUAACAUUGAUACAAAAUGAGGCUGGCAAUUUUGACGGUAUUCGUAGCGGCCAUUUUUGUGGUGCAUUGUUCCCAUGUAUUUAUGGGAACAAGCGUCCAGCGACCUCUGGUUUAUAAUCGCGAGGUCAAAUACAAUUCCCAGAUGUUCAGAAAGAGGAUUGAAUACUUCAAUUUUACGUUACCAUCGAACGGUUUCGCCAGACCUGCGAUUCAGGGUAUUCUGGCAUUUGACCUGCUGAAGUCGACAGCAUCAGCCAACGUCACUUCAGGUGGAAUCGGUUACUCCUUCGUGAACCUUCGAAUGAAGAGCGAACGAGGGAAGAAACUCGAUUACGACAUUUAUAUUUUCGCGUAAUAUUCAUUACCGACUGAAUAUCCGUAAAAUAUUACCAUAUAAAUAUAACACUUAAUUACA